UUGUAUUUUCAUCUCCGGAAGUAAAAAUAACAGUUUCUAUUCCAAGCUGCUGCCAUGACCGAUUCAUCCGAGUCCACCGAGUCAAUGCUUGCUCAGCUCCCCAUGGAAAACUUUUGGGACAUUCCAUUGUAUCAAUGGCAAGGUUUACGGUACAGAUCUUAUCACCUCCAAGCAACAAUGGACCUCCGUUCACAUUUCUCCGCCCGACACGACGAUAUCAUCUUAGCAUCCCCAAUGAAAACCGGAACCACAUGGCUCAAAGCCCUUUGUUUCUCCAUCCUCAACGCCGCCGCUUCAGGUGGAGACAACAGAGAAACGUUAGCCAAGACAGACGAAGACCACCGUGACCCGCUCGUCGAAAACCACCCCGCCGUCUACGUUCAAACCUUGGAGGUCCAAGUUUACACUUCGAACCCGUUGCCGAACAUUUCAUCCAUGAAAUCUCCGAGGCUGUUUCACACUCACUUUCCCUACACAGCAUUACCGGACUCCGUCAAAACCACCGGCUGCAAGCUUGUUUACAUCGCGAGAAAUCCUAAGGACACGCUCGUUUCGAUGUGGCAUUUCUUCAACAACCUGAGAACGCCACAACAGGGUCCGUACCCGUUCGAGAAAGCAUUCGAGAUGUUCAUCAAUGGCGUUUCCCACUUCGGGCCGUUCUUCGACCACGUUUUACAGUACUGGAACCAGAGCUUGAAAGCCCCCAACAAGGUGCUGUUUUUGAAGUACGAAGACCUUAAGGGAAACCCUAUUAAAGAGGUGAAGAAACUGGCUUCGUUCAUGGGAAAACCGUUUGGUGAUGAUAAAAAGGUGGAAGAUGAGAUAUGGCAGUGCAGCUUGGAGAGGUUGAAGAACUUGGAAGUGAACAAAAAUGGGGUGGACCCUUGGGCGGGGAUGCACAACAGUGCGUAUUUUAGGACUGGGAUCGUUGGGGACUGGAAGAACAUGAUGAGCGAUGAGAUGAGUCAGCGUUUGGAUCGAAUCACUGAGUCCAAAUUCAAAGGCUCUGGCCUUUGCUUUGAAAUUUGAGCUCUCAUCUUCUGCUUUUUUGGUUUGAUUCUGCAAAUGAAUGUUUCUUUUUUUAAUAUUAGUCAUGAAUGUUUCUAUAUGCA